UCCACUUUCUCCUCCUACAAACCCGUAUUCCCACUUCCUCCUCCUCCUCCCCCUUCCCCAACCUCUCUCUCGAACCUUCUCUCUCUCUCUCUCUCUCUCUCUCUCUCUCUCUCUCUCUCUCGUCGUCGUCCUCGAUUCGCCGCCGCAGGGGAGCGACCGAGCCCUACGAUCGUUCGAUCGAUCUCGAGAUGAGCGCCAGCGAGUUGCUCGGAAUCGAGCCCCUAGAGCUCAAAUUCCCAUUCGAGUUGAAGAAGCAGAUCUCGUGCUCGCUUCAGCUUUCGAACAAGUCUGAUGACUGCAUUGCCUUUAAGGUCAAAACAACGAACCCUAAGAAAUAUUGCGUGCGUCCAAAUAUGGGCAUCAUUUCGCCGCGAUCCACGUGUGAUGUCCUAGUUAUGAUGCAAGCACAGCGGGAGGCUCCGCCCGACAUGCAAUGCAAGGACAAGUUUCUUGUGCAGAGUGUUGUCACGACCGCUGGCGCUGCCGUCAAGGAUAUUACACCAGAAAUGUUCACAAAAGAGUCGGGGAAUAAGGUGGAUGAGGUCAAAUUACGAGUUGUCUAUGUUGCACCACCUCAGCCCCCUUCACCUGUUCCGGAGGAAUCUGAGGAGGGUUUGUCACCUAGAGCUUCAGAAUCUGAAAUCGGAAAUACGGGUCCCAGAGAAUCAUCCACUGCAAGAAGAGAGUUCGUUGAUACCCAGGAGAGGUCUUCAGAGGUUGCGGCUUUGAUUUCAAAGUUGACAGAGGAGAGAAAUUCUGCUAUUCAACAAAGCAAUAAGCUUAGACAGGAAUUGGAACUAGUAAGGCGAGAGGUCACUAAGCAACAGGGCGGUGGUUUCUCCUUUAUGUUUGUGCUGCUGGUUGCGUUGCUCGGAAUCAUACUGGGUUAUCUUGUGAAAACCUAAUUUGUGCGCAGGCUUAUUCUUUUCCUGUGGGAUCUUGUUGGGAUAUUCCUGCAAGAAAAAAAGAGGGGGGCGUGGAUGGACGAAGUACCACAAUAAUUUUCUUUCGAUUGUCUCGUAACUGUUUAGGAUUCAUUGCUCGAUUCAAUGUUAAAAGGUCUUCUAGACUUACAACCUCAUGCUCGCAGGUCCGAGUUUCGAGGCUUUUGCGUAAGGGUAAGUAUGUCUCCUAAUUCUUUUGUCUAUGGGACCAUAAGUGGGUCAGGGUCUCUCUUUUUUUUUUUUUUUUUUCUUUUUUCUUCUUCUAAACCCUUUCUCCAUUUCCAUUUUUUUGUGUGUAGCAUGUUUGUAGUGUUAGAACAUACGACUCGAGACUGUAGCUUCCCUGAUACUGCCCUUGUAACCUAGUUUAUGUAAUCUGAGUAUUAUCCGCUCAUUUUAAGCUACUUACUGAUGUACAAGUUAUGUUGAAUUAUUUACUGUACAUAUCCUUGUUGUGUA